AUGGGAAUUCCAGAAGAGGAAGCUCAGAAGAGAGAAGCGGCUGUAUUUCCCCCCUACUUCCAGACCUCAAGAAAUGCUCAUUCAGACGAAGACAAAGAUGGCAACUGGGAUGCUUGGGGAGACUGGAGUGACUGCUCCCGGACCUGUGGGGGAGGAGCCUCCUAUUCUUUGCGGAGAUGUCUGACUGGAAGGAACUGCGAGGGACAGAACAUCAGAUACAAGACUUGCAGCAAUCACGAUUGCCCAGCAGAUGCAGAAGACUUCAGAGCCCAGCAGUGCUCAGCCUACAAUGACGUGCAGUACCAGGGUCAUUACUAUGAAUGGAUUCCACUAUACAAUGACCCUGUUGCCCCAUGUGCACUCAAGUGUCAUGCUCGGGGACAGAGUUUGGUGGUAGAGCUGGCACCCAAAGUGUUGGAUGGAACUCGUUGCAAUGCUGACUCUCUGGAUAUGUGCAUAAGUGGCAUCUGCCAGACUGUGGGCUGUGAUAGACAGCUGGGAAGUAAUGCCAAGGAGGACAACUGUGGUGUCUGUGCGGGGGACGGCUCCACCUGCAGGCUGGUGCGGGGUCAGACCAAGAUGCAGCUGUCUCCUGAGAAAAAGGAAGAAAAUGUGAUUGCUGUUCCCUUGGGCAGUCGAAGUGUGAGGAUUACUGUGAAAGGACCUGCCCUGCUCUUUAUUGAGUCAAAAACACUUCAAGGAAGCAGAGGAGAGCACAGCUUCAACAUCCCUGGGGUUUUCACUGUAGAAAACACCACGAUUGAGUUUCAGAAGAGUGCUGACAGACAGACCUUCAAGAUUGCGGGACCCCUGAUGGCUGAUUUCAUCUUCAAGACCAGGUACACAGUGGCCAAAGGCAGCGUGGUCCAGUUCUUCUUUUACCAGCCCAUCAGCCACCAGUGGAGACAGACUGACUUCUUUCCCUGCACCGUGACAUGUGGAGGAGGUUAUCAGCUCAACUCUGCUGAAUGUAUGGACAUCCGCUUGAAAAGGGUAGUGCCUGACCACUAUUGCCAUUACUACCCAGAAAAUGUGAAGCCCAAACCAAAGCUGAAGGAAUGCAGCAUGGAUCCUUGCCCAUCGAGUGAUGGAUUCAAAGAGAUUAUGCCCUAUGACCACUUCCAACCUCUCCCUCGCUGGGAACAUAAUCCUUGGACUGCAUGUUCGGUGUCCUGUGGAGGAGGGAUUCAGAGACGGAGUUUUGUGUGUGUAGAGGAAUCUAUGCAUGCAGAGAUUCUACAAGUGGAAGAAUGGAAGUGCAUGUAUGCACCCAAGCCCAAAGUGAUGCAGACUUGCAACCUGUUUGAUUGCCCCAAGUGGAUUGCCAUGGAGUGGUCUCAGUGCACAGUGACUUGUGGCCGAGGGUUGCGCUACCGAGUGGUUCUGUGUAUCAACCAUCGUGGGCAGCAUGUCGGGGGCUGCAACCCACAGAUGAAGCUGCACAUCAAAGAGGAGUGUGUCAUCCCCACCCCAUGCUAUAAGCCCAGAGAAAAAAGUCCAGUGGAAGCUAAAUUACCUUGGCUGAAACAAGCACAAGAGCUAGAAGAGACAAGAAUAGCCACAGAAGAACCAAAGUUCAUCCCAGAGCCCUGGUCAGCCUGCAGCACGACAUGUGGGCCUGGCACUCAGGUGCGUGAGGUGAGGUGUCGGGUGCUCCUCACGUUCACACAGACAGAGACCGAGCUCCCUGAGGAGGAAUGUGAAGGUCCCAAGCCACCCACCGAGCGACCCUGCCUUCUUGAAGCCUGUGACCAGAGCCCUGUGUCUGGAGAACUGGGUGGCCCUCUCCAGGAGAAGGACAGUGAGAUGACUUACGACUGGGAGUAUGCUGGCUUUACCCCCUGCACUGCAACAUGUUUGGGAGGCCAUCAAGAAGCCAUAGCUGUGUGCUUACACAUCCAGACCCAUCAGACCGUCAAUGACAGCCUGUGUAACAUGGUUCACCGUCCUCCACCAAUGAGUCAGGCCUGUAACAUGGAGCCCUGCCCGCCCAGAUGGCACAUGGGCUCUUGGGGAGCCUGUUCAGCUACCUGUGGUGUUGGAAUCCAGACACGAGAUGUCUACUGCCUGCAUCCUGAAGAAUCCCCAGCCCCUCCAGAGGAAUGCGGGGAUGAAAAGCCUCAUGCCUUACGAGCAUGCAAUCAGUUUGAUUGCCCUCCCAGCUGGCAUAUCGAAGAGUGGCAACAGUGUUCCAGGACAUGUGGUGGGGGAACUCAGAACCGGAGAGUCACCUGUCGACAGCUGUUAACUGAUGGCAGCUUUUUGAAUCUGUCCGAUGAACUGUGCCAAGGACCCAAAGCAUCUUCUCAUAAGUCCUGUGCCAGGACAGACUGCCCCCCACAACUGACUGCUGGAGACUGGUCGAAGUGCUCUGUCACCUGCGGGGUUGGAUUCCAGAGAAGAAAGCAGGUGUGUCAAAAGCUGACUGCCAAAGGCCGAAGAGUCCCCCUAGCUGAUAUGCUGUGCAGGGACCAGCCGGGGCUCCCUCUUGUGAGACCGUGCCGGAUGCCCAUGUGCAGCAGCAAAGCAAAACUGGGAAAAAAGACAAGACUUGGAGAGAGGGGCCCCCAGAUUCUUGGUGUCCGGAGAGUCUAUAUCCAGACAAGGGAGGAGAAGCGGAUCAACCUGACUGUCGGCAGUAGAGCCUACUUGCUGCUCAAUACAUCUGUGAUCAUCAGAUGCCCAGUACGACGCUUCCAGAAGUCUCUAAUCCAGUGGGAGAAGGAUGGCCAUUGCCUGAAGAACUCUAAGCAGCUUGGCAUCACCAAGUCAGGUUCACUGAAAAUCCACAGCCUUGCAGCUCCUGACAUUGGUGUGUACAGAUGCAUUGCAGGCUCUGCACAGGAAACAGUUGUUCUCAAGCUCAUCGGGACUGACAACCGACUCAUUGCACACCCAUCCCUACGAGAGCACUUGAGGGGUCACCCUGGGGUGGACCAUAAUGAAGCCAAUAGUUUGGGAGCCACAUGGCAUAAAAUGCGCCAGAUGUGGAAUAACAAAAAUGACCUUUAUCUGCGGGAUGGUGAAAUCAAUAAGCAGCCUUUCUUGAGAGCUCUGUUCGGGCCGUGUAGGACCUCUGAAGGAAAUGACAACUCCUGGGAGUUUAAGAACAAGCAGUUUGAAGCAGCCAUGAUGCAGGGAGCCUACAGCAUGGACACAGCACAAUUUGAUGAGCUUAUAAGAAACAUGAGCCAGCUUAUGGAGACAGGAGAAGCUAACGAUGACCUUGCAUCCCAGAUGAUAUAUCAGCUAGUAGCUGAGUUGGCCAAGGCUCAGCCAACGCCUGUGCAGUGGAGGGGCAUCCAUGAGGACGUUGCACCUGAGGCUCAGCUCAGAGGGGAGACAGGAAGAAUUCCUAAAAGCUCCACAGUAAAACACUCAGGCAAGCUGACUUUUAAGCCAAAAGGACCUGUUCUCAUGAGGCAGACCCUACCCCCUUCAGUUUCAUUUAACAAAACAAUAAAUGCAAGGAUUGGGAAUACAGUGUACAUUACGAAAAGCACAGAGGUCAUCAAUAUCCUUUGCAACCUCAUUACUCCCAGCAGUGAGGCCACAUACACGUGGACCAAGGAUGGAACACUGCUGCAGCCCUCUGUGAAGAUCAUUUUGGAAGAAACUGGGACGAUGCAGAUACAGAAUCCUACAAGAAAAGAGCAAGGGAUAUAUGAAUGUUCCGUAGCCAGUCAUCUUGGUUCUGAUGUGGAAAGCUCAUUGGUUCUAUAUGCAGAGGCACCUGUCAUCUUGUCUGUUGAAAGAAAUGUCACCAGACCAGAACGCAAUCAUCUGUCUGUUGUUGUGGGAGGCACUGUGGAAGCAGCCCUUCAAGCAAAUGUGACAAUCCACUGCCCUGUAAAAGGUGUCCCUCAGCCUAAUGUAACUUGGUUGAAGAGAGGAGGAUCUCUGAGUGACAAUGUUUCCUUGCUUUUCAAUGGAUCCCUGUUGUUGCAGAAUGCUUCCCUCGAAAAUGAAGGAACCUACAUUUGCACAGCCACCAAUGCUCUUGGGAAAGCAGUGGCAACCUCUGGGCUCCGCUUGCUGGAACGAAGAGAACCGGGCAGUAAGACUGAAUUUCCUAAGGCCCAGAAAAGGCGAGUUCUCCAGGCACCCAAAAACAGAGCAAACAGCAACAACUCAACAGGAAAGCCCCUGCCUCAAGAGCAUUUUUGGGAACCUGGUAACUGGACACACUGUUCUGCCACUUGUGGUCCCUUGGGAGUCCGGCUUCAGAGGCCCCAGUGUGUGAUGGCCAGUGGGCAGGAAGUAAGUGAAGUCCUGUGUAGUCCUUACAGGAAGCCACUGGCUGGGUUUCAGUCCUGUAACAUCCGGGAUUGCCCAGCAAGGUGGUUUACAAGUGUGUGGUCAGAGUGCUCUGUGUCUUGUGGUGAAGGAUUUCACAGUCGGCAAGUGAUAUGCAAGCAGACAAAAGCCAAUGGGACUGUACAGGCGUUGUCCGCAAGGGCAUGUGCUCCUAAAGACAGGCCUCUAGGGAGAAAACCAUGUUCCGUCCGUCCAUGUGUUCAACAGGCCAUUGACCCAGGAAACCAGUGUCCUGGACGUUGCAUGGGCCAUGCCACGAGGAUGCAGCGCCAUCACCCUGCUUGUGCCCACAAUGGCUCCAACUCUGACUGUGAGGACAGAAGGAGACCUGCCUUUAGAAGGAACUGCACCUCGGGGCCCUGUGAGGCAUGUUGGCGUGUGGGUCCCUGGAAGCCCUGUACAGCAGUUUGUGGCAGGGGCUUCCAGUCUCGCAAAGUCGAUUGCAUUCACACAGGGAGCUGCAAACCAGUGGCUGACAGAUACUGUGUGCAGAUGAAACCAGCUUCCUGGAGGCACUGUCUUGGGCCUUCCUGUGAUAGAAACUGCACAGACACAACUCACUACUGUAUGUUCGUAAAGCACCUUAACCUGUGCUCUCUGGCCCUCUACAAACAAAGGUGCUGCCAGUCAUGUCAAGAAGGAUAAAGCUCUGGCAAGGUUGUGAUGAUGCUGUGGUGAGGAGCGAAAGCUAAAGAGGCUCUUUCCCUGUGUCCCUGGUUCAAAACCGCGUACUCUUAAAAUCUCGAGAUACUAUGAUCAAGUGGAGGUUACUGCAGAAACAGUACCUGAUACAGUUUUAUAGGGUUAACUUUCCCAGCAGCUGUUUUUUAAUUCCAGUUCCUGUAAAGGAUGUAGUCUGGGACUAACAUGAAUGCAUCAGCAGCUCUCGGAACCUCAUCACAAACACAUCAUCAGCUGCUGUGCUUCGUAGACCAGUAAUGAGAGGUCCAUCCUGAAGACUGCAACUGAAGACUUCUCUCAAGUUGUAGGGUUUCAACACAUGUAUGUGGCAUCUAUGUUUUAAAGGCUCUGCCAGUAGCCUUUCAGAUGUCGGCACUAAUGGCGUAUCUACAGAUCCUUAUGUUUAUCAUGUGAAGAGGAGACAACCUCCCUGGACAGCUUAUAACACCAACCGAGCCAAGGAUUCUCCACAGAUGACAUAGUCUUCACUCUUAAAGCGUUUAUGGAAGAAAACGCAGUAGGUACAGCUGCCACCUUCAUAACUACAGAAACCUAUCUGUGACCAAAUGAGACAUCUUGGAAAUCAAAGAAGAGGAAAAGCCAACCUUUUCUACUGAUGUUGAAGCAUAUUCAAAGCUUUCUUUUAAGAGCUGUGAAUGAAACUUUUAUCUAAGCACUAUUUUCUUGCACACAAUCAGAGAUCAAAGCCUUACUAGAUGUAAUUUAUGCAUACAAUAAUAUUCCUGGGGAUUUUUAUUUUGGAAAGUUUAUAAGAGGAUAAUCUAAAUAAGAAAUGUAAUAGUUGACAGAAUUGUUUAUGGUAAAUGAUUAUUUUAAUUUGAGCCAAUUUUUUUUGUCAAUAAAUCCAAAGUCAAUUAGAAUUAUGGUGGAAAUAUCAAUUUGGGGGUUAGGAACUAGAGCUGGGAUUUGGGCUGUGCUUUGGGGAAGAAGGGUUGAAUUCAUCUUGGACUAGCACUAGAAUUCAGUUAGGUGAGACAAGAAGGUACAUUAGGGUUAAUACCAGGGCUGCCUUUAGGUUAGGGGCUGCAGUUAGAGCUGGGUCUCUUGGACCAAGGCUGCUUGCUGUUUGUGACAUUGGAGUAACUUUUUGCUCCUGGGGAAGGGUCAGGCUGACAUUGAAUUUCAACUCCUACAACUAAUUUGGCUAUGGGGACCUUUCAUGACAGUUUACCAGUUGUAGCUUUAGAUGCUACACAACCCCAAACAAGUGGUCCUGUUUCUUUACUCGGUGUCCCAGCUGCUUGUACACAUACCACCCACAGCCUCCUGGCGCGCAACCUUUCCUGAGGCAGGUUGUGUUGGACCUACCUCCUGACAUGUGAACGGCACAUUGUGGCUUUGGAUUUGUUUGUAGAGAGGCUGAGCCUCUCUGCCGUCUUCUGAGCACAGGUCUCUCUCACAUUCCAACUUCAGCCUCACCGACACUGGGGUGAACACUACUGUAGGUGGAGGGUUUGGUGGUCUGGAACGGGCAGGGGAAAGGAAAGAGCACACCAGCCCUUGAGAAAUUAGUCAGCAAUCACAUUCGAUUGUUGAACUUAUUAAAUUAAAAGAAAGAUCAUUUGUAAAAUACUCUUUGUACAUAUUUAUUAUAUGACUCCAAGGUGCAAUAUUUUAUUUUGUACAGUAUAUAAUAAAGACAUGGGACAUAUAUUUUUCAUACUAACAAAAUUUCUUAUUAAACUGCUUCACUUUUGUAUUUAACGUUAAAAAAUAACCUAUUUUUUCAGUUGUUAUCGUACUUUCAUCUUGUUAACAUUCAAAUGGCAUUCCUGUGUACUGUAUUUUACUACUGUUUUUUUAAUAACAUGAGAGAUAAUGUUCUCCUUUGAUGAUCCUUAAUUCAAAAAUAAAUUCACUUUUAGUAUCUAAU